UGUGGAAGUACGAAGGUGAAAUGGUAGACAAACCGAAGAACGUAAUGACGCGAAAAUGGUUUCCACAACGCGAUAUACUUCUGCAUCCUAACGUGAAACUGUUUAUCAGUCACGGGGGUACUUCUGGAGUAUACAAAGCUGUAGACGCAGGUGUGCCUUUACUCGGAUUUCCGAUUUACUACGAUCAACCGAGAAAUAUCGACAAUCUGGUCGACGCCGGAAUGGCGAUCUCUUUGGAUCUCUUUUCCGUAACUACAGACACGGUUUUUAACGCCAUUAUGGAGAUUGCAGACAACGACAGGUACCAACAAAACGCUAAAAUUGCUUCCGAUCGGUUCAAAGACCGGCCUAUGUCACCAGUGGAGUCGGUGGUUUACUGGACUGAGACAUUUUGGAAUUCAUUGACGACGCACCUAACGGAGUGAUUUACUUCACGUUAGGUUCGGUGCUUUCGAUGGCUUCGUUACCGGAAAAUGUACUGAAAGUGUUAAAAGAGGCAAUCGCUCGGGUUCCGCAAAAGGUAUUGUGGAAGUACGAAGGUGAAAUGGUAGACAAACCGAAGAACGUAAUGACGCGAAAAUGGUUUCCACAACGCGAUAUACUUCUGCAUCCUAACGUGAAACUGUUUAUCAGUCACGGGGGUACUUCUGGAGUAUACAAAGCUGUAGACGCAGGUGUGCCUUUACUCGGAUUUCCGAUUUACUACGAUCAACCGAGAAAUAUCGACAAUCUGGUCGACGCCGGAAUGGCGAUCUCUUUGGAUCUCUUUUCCGUAACUACAGACACGGUUUUUAACGCCAUUAUGGAGAUUGCAGACAACGACAGGUACCAACAAAACGCUAAAAUUGCUUCCGAUCGGUUCAAAGACCGGCCUAUGUCACCAGUGGAGUCGGUGGUUUACUGGACUGAGUACGUUUUGCGUCAUAACGGAGCACCACAUUUAAAAUCUCACGCUCUGAAUCUGACGUGGUAUCAAUAUUUUUUAGUUGAUAUAAUUAGCACAUUUUUGUUCGUUGGGUUUGUUCUUUUUUUCAUAAUUUAUUGUGGCCUAAAAAUGAUUUGUAAACGCGUUAAUACAUUUUUCCACAGUGUCAAAGCAAAACGUGAAUAAAAUAAAAUUACACAAAUAAUAAUAAA